CCGAAGGUUCUAUAUCAAUCACUUUUAAAUUUAGAUUUUGACAAACUUAUUGAGCCACAGCAACAUGUGAAAAAUACAACUGCUAUAUAAAAAAAUAUUGUCAUAAUACUUUAAUAAAAUCUUUUUAAUAAUAGGUGUAUACUGAAGACAACAAAUCAUUAUUUCCUGAAGAUUUGGCAGAACUUUGUGAUUGUAUAUCCAAGUACCUUGGUUAUCAAAACUUUAGAGCAGAGGCAGCAAUUGUAAAUUAUUAUCAUAUAGGGUCCACACUUUCUGCUCAUACGGAUCAUUCAGAAGUUAAUCUAGAGGCACCUUUGUUUUCUUUUAGACUCGGCAUGUUGUUACAUAAUUACUGACAUGGUUGCGCGUCACUACGCGAAAAGCUGCUGACGAGGGACACCCAUUUAUUUGUUUUUUAUACUUAUUACGAGGGCGACACUGACAGUUUUUACAACUGGCCACUUGUAAACGAUAUAAUAAAAAAAGAAGUUCAAAUUUUGAAAAUGGAACUAUUUGCCAAUAUUAUUGUGUAUUCAACAAGAAAGUUAUGAUAGACUUCGAUUGGCCUUUCACGAUGAAGCCCCAUCUCGUGCCACUGUUUAAAACUGGUUUAAUAACUUUAAACGUGGUCGCACUAAUAUCAUCGAUGAUCUGCGCGAGAGACGGCCUUCUACGUCGACGACUGAAGGUAACAUCAGUGUUGUGCGGCAUAUGAUAGAGACUGACAAAAGAGUGACUUAUCAGCAGAUUCGGACAAGCUUAGGCAUCGGUAUGAGUCAAGUGCACAAAAUCUUCCAUGAACAUUUAGCGGUCAGGAAGCUUUGUGCCCGAUGGUACCUCAUAAUUUGACAGAACCCAAAAACUUCGUCGUGUUGAUUGGUGUCGUGACAUGGUACAAAGAUUUAACGGAUGUGACUCAAAUGCUGUGUUCGACAUAUUAUUUACGGGUGACGAAAGCUGGAUUUAUCGUUAUGAUCCUGAAACUAAGAGACAGUCUGCUGUCCUACCUAGGAGUUGCCAACUAAAGUGAAGAGAGGUCGAAGCGUGGGAAAAACGAUGGUGGCCUCGUGCUUCGGAAGGACAGGUCAUUACACAACGAUUGUUUUAGAGGACCGAAAAACAGUUACUGGAGAGUGGUACACUAACAAUUGCUUGCCACUUGUCUUGGAAAAAGUUCGGGAGAAACGAUCUCGCAAUAGGAUCUUCCUUCACCACGACAACGACUCGUCGCACACCGCCAAGUAAACAAUCGACUACUUGGCGUCGUCAGACGUGGAAUUACUGGGUCACCCGCCCUGUAGCCCCGAUCUCGCACUUCGCAAUUUUUAUUUAUUUCCGAAAAUAAAAGAAAAACUUCGAGGAAAACGUUUUAUGGACGCCGGGAAAGCAGUGGCUGCGUUUCAAAAUGCUGUCGAAGAGACCCCUAAGGACGAGUGGGCAAAGUGCUUUUCUCAGUGGUUCCAUCGGAUGCAGCGAUGUAUUGAUGUAAAUGGACAGUAUUUUGAAAAGAUAUACUAAUAACUUGCUAGUUUUUUCAGUUUUUGAUUUUCUAAGAACUUUCAGUGUCACCCUCGUACUCGAAGUGCUUUAUUAAAAUUUCACCUGCUGGGAGUACAGGUGCACUCUCUCAUAGUCCGAUGGGACAGCAAUUUAAUUUGUUUUGACGAGCCUGCUACAACCGGGGCUUUAAUUCUUCGAUACACAAUGUCAGAGCACAUAGUUCACAAGCUAUUAAAAUUUUGGACAGUCGGCAAUCUUUUUAAUAGGAGGGCCUGACAAAAAUUUUGAACCUUCUGCGAUUAUGCUCAACAGCGGGGACGUUGCUGUAAUGUCUAAAGAAGCUCGUCUUUCUUAUCAUGCUGUGCCAAAAAUAGUUUCUGCAUUAUCUCAGCCAUGGAGUAAUGGGGAAAGUGAUAAAGAAAUUUGUGAUAAUAUGGCUAAUCUUAAGUAUAUAACAGAUAGGCAGCAGCUAAUUCUAGAUAUGAAUAGAAAUAUUGAUAAUAAAGAAUGGAAUUUGUUCAAAAAUUACAUACAGGAAUCAAGAAUAAAUAUGAAUGUAAGACAAGUAUUACAUGAACAUCAAAAAAGUUUACUUGAUGUAAAGUUUUUUAAAUC